AGAUCAAGUGGGGUGGGCCUGAAAUAGAAAGAAGUAUGUACAACAUCAUAAUGGAUAUCUGGAGAAAUAAGAAAAUACCCUUAGACUGGAAAGAAGCCAUUAUAAUACCACUACACAAGAACGGGGGCACAUUUAAAUAUUAAAUUCACGAAGUUGUGUGUACCUGGAGAUAUUUUUCCUAGACCCGAUCUUAGAGAACUCAGUUUACAGAGGUUUCAUUGCGCACCGCCUUCAUUUGUCAAAAUUGGAUGUAUGGAGUACAAAACCGCCGCUCUGGACUACAUAUCUUGAAUCCAAUGAAUUCCUGGAGGUGUAAGGCCUAUGAGCACAUCCCUGGGAGCUAGUGGGGAAGUAAUGACGUCCCGAGUGAGUCCUCGGACUUCAGAAGUAAAUGCCUUAGAACAACGAGGUUAUUUCAUAGGCAAGAAAAUAGGACAAGGCUCCUAUGCCACUGUCCAUCUUGCCGAUUACGUGGAUGGCCAAAGUCCGCGGAAGAUGCGACUUGCUUGCAAGAUAUUCGACAAAGAAAAGGCGCCGAAGGAUUUCCUAGAAAAGUUUUUCCCUCGCGAGUUGGAAAUUUUGACAAAAAUAGAGAACACAAACAUAAUUCAAGUUCACAGCAUAUUGCAACGAGGACCACGCGUCUUCAUCUUCAUGCGCUAUGCGGAUAAUGGCGACCUUCUGGACUUCAUAAAGCGCAACGGAAUAGUACCAGAGCAACAGGCCAAGGUUUGGUUCAAGCAGAUGACACUUGGACUCCAAUACUUACAUGUCAAGAACAUUGCACACCGGGACCUCAAGUGCGAAAACAUACUCCUCUCCCGCAGGUUCAACGUGAAACUUGCGGACUUCGGCUUCGCGCGGUUCUGCGUGGACCAGAAUGGACGUCGAGUGCUCAGCCACACGUACUGCGGUUCGGCAGCUUACGCGGCUCCGGAAGUUGUCAGUGGGACCCCUUACAACCCGAAGCUCGCCGACGUGUGGUCGCUCGGCAUCAUCCUGUACAUUAUGCUCAACGCCGGCAUGCCGUUCGAUGACUCGAAUCUCCGCAGGCUUCUCAAGGAUCAGAUGGAGCGCAACUGGGUUUUCCGAACGCGCGUGCGGGACACGCUGUCGGCUCAGGCCAAGGCCCUGGUGAGACACAUCCUGGAGCCGGACAUCACGCUGCGCAUCACGGUGGACCGCAUCCUCAUCCACGAGUGGCUGCGGGCGCGGAAGGACCGCUCCCUGGCGACGAGAAGCGGGACCACGCCGCUGCCCUCGGUCAGCUUCCAGUCCAGGGGGUCGGUCGUGUCGCGGGCCACCGCCCCUCCACCAAGUUCAGUCGCCAGCAAGGCGCGCUGACUAGCUGUGGCUGUCUGCGGAAGCUUUCCAACCUGUUCAGCAGAAC